ACCACCUCAACAAUGUCCACUCUGGAAUCUACAGAAGCAACGUCGACCACACAAACAAGUGAACCGUUGACUGUUUCCACUGAAUCGGCCUCCACAGACACUGCCUCUCUUGCUACUGCAUCUUCAUCUUCCUCAGUGGAGCCAACGACGCAAGAAACCACAGCGACUGGGGCGUCUUCAACCUCUACUGCUUCAACAACAGAGGAAAGCUCGACGUCAGAAAUGGUGACUGACGCAUCCUCAAUCGUAACAGAAACUACAUCUACCACAACAAUUUCUUCUGCCACAGAGACAUCAACCGAGACCUCCACGCUUUCAACUCUGUUGACACCCACCACGAGAGAGACUAUCACCCCAUCAAUCGAACCGACAACAGCUGCUUCCAUUCGGACAACAGAGCUCUCCACUGAUACAACAAUGGGAGAAGCGUCCACGGUAUCAGAAGCUAGCACUGAGUCUACCCCCUCGGAAACAACCUUCCAAGUCAAAAACACAGGAUCUACUCUUUCUCAGCAAUCCACCACCUCAACAUCAGCUUCACAGAGUACUACUGAAGCAAUGACCUCUUCAGUGUUUAGCUCGAUCAGUGAAGCAAGCACCUCCGAGUCCACGUUCAGCAGCCAAGCCCAAUAUACCACUCAAGGCUCAACAGAGGAAUCUUCAACACAGACGGUUUCACCCCCUGCAGUGGCCACUGCUACAGCCACAGAGGAAACGUCAAGUACAAUAACUCCUGGCCCUUAUCAAGCAUCAAUUUCAACAGAAAGGCAUCUGACUGACGUUUCCGCCACCAAGUCCACUACGAUGGAAGCCACCUCAACAAUGUCCACUCUGGAAUCUACAGAAGCAACGUCGACCACACAAACAAGUGAACCGUUGACUGUUUCCACUGAAUCGGCCUCCACAGACACUGCCUCUCUUGCUACUGCAUCUUCAUCUUCCUCAGUGGAGCCAACGACGCAAGAAACCACAGCGACUGGGGCGUCUUCAACCUCUACUGCUUCAACAACAGAGGAAAGCUCGACGUCAGAAAUGGUGACUGACGCAUCCUCAGCUGUAACAGAAACUACAUCUACCACAACAAUUUCUUCUGCCCCAGAGACAUCAACCGAGACCUCCACGCUUUCAACUCUGUUGACACCCACCACGAGAGAGACUAUCACCCCAUCAAUCGAACCGACAACAGCUGCUUCCAUUCGGACAACAGAGCUCUCCACUGAUACAACAAUGGGAGAAGCGUCCACGGUAUCAGAAGCUAGCACUGAGUCUACCCCCUCGGAAACAACCUUCCAAGUCACAAACACAGGAUCUACUCUUUCUCAGCAAUCCACCACCUCAACAUCAGCUUCAGAGAGUACUACUGAAGCAAUGACCUCUUCAGUGUUUAGCUCGAUCAGUGAAGCAAGCACCUCCGAGUCCACGUUCAGCAGCCAAGCCCAAUAUACCACUCAAGGCUCAACAGAGGAAUCUUCAACACAGACGGUUUCACCCCCUGCAGUGGCCACUGCUACAGCCACAGAGGAAACGUCAAGUACAAUAACUCCUGGCCCUUAUCAAGCAUCAAUUUCAACAGAAAGGCAUCUGACUGACGUUUCCGCCACCAAGUCCACUACGAUGGAAGCCACCUCAACAAUGUCCACUCUGGAAUCUACAGAAGCAACGUCGACCACACAAACAAGUGAACCGUUGACUGUUUCCACUGAAUCGGCCUCCACAGACACUGUCUCUCUUGCUACUGCAUCUUCAUCUUCCUCAGUGGAGCCAACGACGCAAGAAACCACAGCGACUGGGGCGUCUUCAACCUCUACUGCUUCAACAACAGAGGAAAGCUCGACGUCAGAAAUGGUGACUGACGCAUCCUCAAUCGUAACAGAAACUACAUCUACCACAACAAUUUCUUCUGCCCCAGAGACAUCAACCGAGACCUCCACGCUUUCAACUCUGUUGACACCCACCACGAGAGAGACUAUCACCCCAUCAAUCGAACCGACAACAGCUGCUUCCAUUCGGACAACAGAGCUCUCCACUGAUACAACAAUGGGAGAAGCGUCCACGGUAUCAGAAGCUAGCACUGAGUCUACCCCCUCGGAAACAACCUUCCAAGUCAAAAACACAGGAUCUACUCUUUCUCAGCAAUCCACCACCUCAACAUCAGCUUCACAGAGUACUACUGAAGCAAUGACCUCUUCAGUGUUUAGCUCGAUCAGUGAAGCAAGCACCUCCGAGUCCACGUUCAGCAGCCAAGCCCAAUAUACCACUCAAGGCUCAACAGAGGAAUCUUCAACACAGACGGUUUCACCCCCUGCAGUGGCCACUGCUACAGCCACAGAGGAAACGUCAAGUACAAUAACUCCUGGCCCUUAUCAAGCAUCAAUUUCAACAGAAAGGCAUCUGACUGACGUUUCCGCCACCAAGUCCACUACGAUGGAAGCCACCUCAACAAUGUCCACUCUGGAAUCUACAGAAGCAACGUCGACCACACAAACAAGUGAACCGUUGACUGUUUCCACUGAAUCGGCCUCCACAGACACUGCCUCUCUUGCUACUGCAUCUUCAUCUUCCUCAGUGGAGCCAACGACGCAAGAAACCACAGCGACUGGGGCGUCUUCAACCUCUACUGCUUCAACAACAGAGGAAAGCUCGACGUCAGAAAUGGUGACUGACGCAUCCUCAGCUGUAACAGAAACUACAUCUACCACAACCAUUUCUUCUGCCCCAGAGACAUCAACCGAGACCUCCACGCUUUCAACUCUGUUGACACCCACCACGAGAGAGACUAUCACACCAUCAAUCAAACCGACAACAGCUGCUUCCACUCGGACAACAGAGCUCUCCACUGAUACAACAAUGGGAGAAGCGUCCACGGUAUCAGAAGCUAGCACUGAGUCUACCCCCUCGGAAACAACCUUCCAAGUCACAAACACGGGAUCUACUCUUUCUCAGCAAUCCACCACCUCAACAUCAGCUUCAGAGAGUACUACUGAAGCAAUGACCUCUUCAGUGUUUAGCUCGAUCAGUGAAGCAAGCACCUCCGAGUCCACGUUCAGCAGCCAAGCCCAAUAUACCACUCAAGGUUCAACAGAGGAAUCUUCAACACAGACGGUUUCACCCCCUGCAGUGGCCACUGCUACAGCCACAGAGGAAACGUCAAGUACAAUAACUCCUGGCCCUAAUCAAGCAUCAAUUUCAACAGAAAGGCAUCUGACUGACGUUUCCGCCACCAAGUCCACUACGAUGGAAGCCACCUCAACAAUGUCCACUCUGGAAUCUACAGAAGCAACGUCGACCACACAAACAAGAGAACUGUUGACUGUUUCCACUGAAUCGGCCUCCACAGACACUGCCUCUCUUGCUACUGCAUCUUCAUCUUCCUCAGUGGAGCCAACGACGCAAGAAACCACAGCGACUGGGGCGUCUUCAACCUCUACUGCUUCAACAACAGAGGAAAGCUCGACGUCAGAAAUGGUGACUGACGCAUCCUCAGCUGUAACAGAAACUACAUCUACCACAACAAUUUCUUCUGCCACAGAGACAUCAACCGAGACCUCCACGCUUUCAACUCUGUUGACACCCACCACGAGAGAGACUAUCACACCAUCAAUCGAACCGACAACAGCUGCUUCCACUCGGACAACAGAGCUCUCCACUGAUACAACAAUGGGAGAAGCGUCCACGGUAUCAGAAGCUAGCACUGAGUCUACCCCCUCGGAAACAACCUUCCAAGUCACAAACACGGGAUCUACUCUUUCUCAGCAAUCCACCACCUCAACAUCAGCUUCAGAGAGUACUACUGAAGCAAUGACCUCUUCAGUGUUUAGCUCGAUCAGUGAAGCAAGCACCUCCGAGUCCACGUUCAGCAGCCAAGCCCAAUAUACCACUCAAGGCUCAACAGAGGAAUCUUCAACACAGACGGUUUCACCCCCUGCAGUGGCCACUGCUACAGCCACAGAGGAAACGUCAAGUACAAUAACUCCUGGCCCUUAUCAAGCAUCAAUUUCAACAGAAAGGCAUCUGACUGACGUUUCCGCCACCAAGUCCACUACGAUGGAAGCCACCUCAACAAUGUCCACUCUGGAAUCUACAGAAGCAACGUCGACCACACAAACAAGUGAACCGUUGACUGUUUCCACUGAAUCGGCCUCCACAGACACUGCCUCUCUUGCUACUGCAUCUUCAUCUUCCUCAGUGGAGCCAACGACGCAAGAAACCACAGCGACUGGGGCGUCUUCAACCUCUACUGCUUCAACAACAGAGGAAAGCUCGACGUCAGAAAUGGUGACUGACGCAUCCUCAGCUGUAACAGAAACUACAUCUACCACAACCAUUUCUUCUGCCACAGAGUCAUCAACCGAGACCUCCACGCUUUCAACUCUGUUGACACCCACCACGAGAGAGACUAUCACACCAUCAAUCGAACCGACAACAGCUGCUUCCAUUCGGACAACAGAGCUCUCCACUGAUACAACAAUGGGAGAAGCGUCCACGGUAUCAGAAGCUAGCACUGAGUCUACCCCCUCGGAAACAACCUUCCAAGUCACAAACACAGGAUCUACUCUUUCUCAGCAAUCCACCACCUCAACAUCAGCUUCAGAGAGUACCACUGAAGCAAUGACCUCUUCAGUGUUUAGCUCGAUCAGUGAAGCAAGCACCUCCGAGUCCACGUUCAGCAGCCAAGCCCAAUAUACCACUCAAGGCUCAACAGAGGAAUCUUCAACACAGACGGUUUCACCCCCUGCAGUGGCCACUGCUACAGCCACAGAGGAAACGUCAAGUACAAUAACUCCUGGCCCUUAUCAAGCAUCAAUUUCAACAGAAAGGCAUCUGACUGACGUUUCCGCCACCACGUCCACUACGAUGGAAGCCACCUCAACAAUGUCCACUCUGGAAUCUACAGAAGCAACGUCGACCACACAAACAAGUGAACCGUUGACUGUUUCCACUGAAUCGGCCUCCACAGACACUGCCUCUCUUGCUACUGCAUCUUCAUCUUCCUCAGUGGAGCCAACGACGCAAGAAACCACAGCGACUGGGGCGUCUUCAACCUCUACUGCUUCAACAACAGAGGAAAGCUCGACGUCAGAAAUGGUGACUGACGCAUCCUCAGCUGUAACAGAAACUACAUCUACCACAACAAUUUCUUCUGCCACAGAGACAUCAACCGAGACCUCCACGCUUUCAACUCUGUUGACACCCACCACGAGAGAGACUAUCACACCAUCAAUCGAACCGACAACAGCUGCUUCCACUCGGACAACAGAGCUCUCCACUGAUACAACAAUGGGAGAAGCGUCCACGGUAUCAGAAGCUAGCACUGAGUCUACCCCCUCGGAAACAACCUUCCAAGUCACAAACACGGGAUCUACUCUUUCUCAGCAAUCCACCACCUCAACAUCAGCUUCAGAGAGUACUACUGAAGCAAUGACCUCUUCAGUGUUUAGCUCGAUCAGUGAAGCAAGCACCUCCGAGUCCACGUUCAGCAGCCAAGCCCAAUAUACCACUCAAGGCUCAACAGAGGAAUCUUCAACACAGACGGUUUCACCCCCUGCAGUGGCCACUGCUACAGCCACAGAGGAAACGUCAAGUACAAUAACUCCUGGCCCUUAUCAAGCAUCAAUUUCAACAGAAAGGCAUCUGACUGACGUUUCCGCCACCACGUCCACUACGAUGGAAGCCACCUCAACAAUGUCCACUCUGGAAUCUACAGAAGCAACGUCGACCACACAAACAAGUGAACUGUUGACUGUUUCCACUGAAUCGGCCUCCACAGACACUGCCUCUCUUGCUACUGCAUCUUCAUCUUCCUCAGUGGAGCCAACGACGCAAGAAACCACAGCGACUGGGGCGUCUUCAACCUCUACUGCUUCAACAACAGAGGAAAGCUCGACGUCAGAAAUGGUGACUGACGCAUCCUCAGCUGUAACAGAAACUACAUCUACCACAACAAUUUCUUCUGCCCCAGAGACAUCAACCGAGACCUCCACGCUUUCAACUCUGUUGACACCCACCACGAGAGAGACUAUCACACCAUCAAUCGAACCGACAACAGCUGCUUCCACUCGGACAACAGAGCUCUCCACUGAUACAACAAUGGGAGAAGCGUCCACGGUAUCAGAAGCUAGCACUGAGUCUACCCCCUCGGAAACAACCUUCCAAGUCACAAACACGGGAUCUACUCUUUCUCAGCAAUCCACCACCUCAACAUCAGCUUCAGAGAGUACUACUGAAGCAAUGACCUCUUCAGUGUUUAGCUCGAUCAGUGAAGCAAGCACCUCCGAGUCCACUUUCAGCAGCCAAGCCCAAUAUACCACUCAAGGCUCAACAGAGGAAUCUUCAACACAGACAGUUUCACCCCCUGCAGUGGCCACUGCUACAGCCACAGAGGAAACGUCAAGUACAAUAACUCCUGGCCCUUAUCAAGCAUCAAUUUCAACAGAAAGGCAUCUGACUGACGUUUCCGCCACCAAGUCCACUACGAUGGAAGCCACCUCAACAAUGUCCACUCUGGAAUCUACAGAAGCAACGUCGACCACACAAACAAGUGAACCGUUGACUGUUUCCACUGAAUCGGCCUCCACAGACACUGCCUCUCUUGCUACUGCAUCUUCAUCUUCCUCAGUGGAGCCAACGACGCCAGAAACCACAGCGACUGGGGCGUCUUCAACCUCUACAUCUUCAACAACAGAGGAAAGCUCGACGUCAGAAAUGGUGACUGACGCAUCCUCAGCUGUAACAGAAACUACAUCUACCACAACAAUUUCUUCUGCCCCAGAGACAUCAACCGAGACCUCCACGCUUUCAACUCUGUUGACACCCACCACGAGAGAGACUAUCACCCCAUCAAUCGAACCGACAACAGCUGCUUCCAUUCGGACAACAGAGCUCUCCACUGAUACAACAAUGGGAGAAGCGUCCACGGUAUCAGAAGCUAGCACUGAGUCUACCCCCUCGGAAACAACCUUCCAAGUCACAAACACAGGAUCUACUCUUUCUCAGCAAUCCACCACCUCAACAUCAGCUUCAGAGAGUACCACUGAAGCAAUGACCUCUUCAGUGUUUAGCUCGAUCAGUGAAGCAAGCACCUCCGAGUCCACGUUCAGCAGCCAAGCCCAAUAUACCACUCAAGGCUCAACAGAGGAAUCUUCAACACAGACAGUUUCACCCCCUGCAGUGGCCACUGCUACAGCCACAGAGGAAACGUCAAGUACCAUAACUCCUGGCCCUUAUCAAGCAUCAAUUUCAACAGAAAGGCAUCUGACUGACGUUUCCGCCACCACGUCCACUACGAUGGAAGCCACCUCAACAAUGUCCACUCUGGAAUCUACAGAAGCAACGUCGACCACACAAACAAGUGAACCGUUGACUGUUUCCACUGAAUCGGCCUCCACAGACACUGCCUCUCUUGCUACUGCAUCUUCAUCUUCCUCAGUGGAGCCAACGACGCAAGAAACCACAGCGACUGGGGCGUCUUCAACCUCUACUGCUUCAACAACAGAGGAAAGCUCGACGUCAGAAAUGGUGACUGACGCAUCCUCAGCUGUAACAGAAACUACAUCUACCACAACAAUUUCUUCUGCCCCAGACACAUCAACCGAGACCUCCACGCUUUCAACUCUGUUGACACCCACCACGAGAGAGACUAUCACCCCAUCAAUCGAACCGACAACAGCUGCUUCCACUCGGACAACAGAGCUCUCCACUGAUACAACAAUGGGAGAAGCGUCCACGGUAUCAGAAGCUAGCACUGACUCUACCCCCUCGGAAACAACCUUCCAAGUCACAAACACAGGAUCUACUCUUUCUCAGCAAUCCACCACCUCAACAUCAGCUUCAGAGAGUACUACUGAAGCAAUGACCUCUUCAGUGUUUAGCUCGAUCAGUGAAGCAAGCACCUCCGAGUCCACGUUCAGCAGCCAAGCCCAAUAUACCACUCAAGGCUCAACAGAGGAAUCUUCAACACAGACAGUUGCACCCCCUGCAGUGGCCACUGCUACAGCCACAGAGGAAACGUCAAGUACAAUAACUCCUGGUCCUUAUCAAGCAUCAAUUUCAACAGAAAGGCAUCUGACUGACGUUUCCGCCACCACAUCCACUACGAUGGAAGCCACCUCAACAAUGUCCACUCUGGAAUCUACAGAAGCAACGUCGACCACACAAACAAGUGAACCGUUGACUGUUUCCACUGAAUCGGCCUCCACAGACACUGCCUCUCUUGCCACUGCAUCUUCAUCUUCCUCAGUGGAGCCAACGACGCAAGAAACCACAGCGACUGGGGCGUCUUCAACCUCUACUGCUUCAACAACAGAGGAAAGCUCGACGUCAGAAAUGGUGACUGACGCAUCCUCAGCUGUAACAGAAACUACAUCUACCACAACCAUUUCUUCUGCCACAGAGACAUCAACCGAGGCCUCCACGCUUUCAACUAUGUUGACACCCACCACGAGAGAGACUAUCACCCCAUCAAUCGAACCGACAACAGCUGCUUCCACUCGGACAACAGAGCUCUCCACUGAUACAACAAUGGGAGAAGCGUCCACGGUAUCAGAAGCUAGCACUGACUCUACCCCCUCGGAAACAACCUUCCAAGUCAAAAACACGGGAUCUACUCUUUCUCAGCAAUCCACCACCUCAACAUCAGCUUCAGAGAGUACUACUGAAGCAAUGACCUCUUCAGUGUUUAGCUCGAUCAGUGAAGCAAGCACCUCCGAGUCCACGUUCAGCAGCCAAGCCCAAUAUACCACUCAAGGCUCAACAGAGGAAUCUUCAACACAGACGGUUUCACCCCCUGCAGUGGCCACUGCUACAGCCACAGAGGAAACGUCAAGUACAAUAACUCCUGGCCCUUAUCAAGCAUCAAUUUCAACAGAAAGGCAUCUGACUGACGUUUCCGCCACCAAGUCCACUACGAUGGAAGCCACCUCAACAAUGUCCACUCUGGAAUCUACAGAAGCAACGUCGACCACACAAACAAGUGAACCGUUGACUGUUUCCACUGAAUCGGCCUCCACAGACACUGCCUCUCUUGCUUCUGCAUCUUCAUCUUCCUCAGUGGAGCCAACGACGCAAGAAACCACAGCGACUGGGGCGUCUUCAACCUCUACUGCUUCAACAACAGAGGAAAGCUCGACGUCAGAAAUGGUGACUGACGCAUCCACAGCUGUAACAGAAACUACAUCUACCACAACCAUUUCUUCUGCCACAGAGACAUCAAGCGAGACCUCCACGCUUUCAACUCUGUUGACACCCACCACGAGAGAGACUAUCACACCAUCAAUCGAACCGACAACAGCUGCUUCCACUCGGACAACAGAGCUCUCCACUGAUACAACAAUGGGAGAAGCGUCCACGGUAUCAGAAGCUAGCACUGACUCUACCCCCUCGGAAACAACCUUCCAAGUCACAAACACGGGAUCUACUCUUUCUCAGCAAUCCACCACCUCAACAUCAGCUUCAGAGAGUACUACUGAAGCAAUGACCUCUUCAGUGUUUAGCUCGAUCAGUGAAGCAAGCACCUCCGAGUCCACGUUCAGCAGCCAAGCCCAAUAUACCACUCAAGGCUCAACAGAGGAAUCUUCAACACAGACGGUUUCACCCCCUGCAGUGGCCACUGCUACAGCCACAGAGGAAACGUCAAGUACAAUAACUCCUGGCCCUUAUCAAGCAUCAAUUUCAACAGAAAGGCAUCUGACUGACGUUUCCGCCACCAAGUCCACUACGAUGGAAGCCACCUCAACAAUGUCCACUCUGGAAUCUACAGAAGCAACGUCGACCACACAAACAAGUGAACCGUUGACUGUUUCCACUGAAUCGGCCUCCACAGACACUGCCUCUCUUGCCACUGCAUCUUCAUCUUCCUCAGUGGAGCCAACGACGCAAGAAACCACAGCGACUGGGGCGUCUUCAACCUCUACUGCUUCAACAACAGAGGAAAGCUCGACGUCAGAAAUUGUGACUGACGCAUCCUCAGCUGUAACAGAAACUACAUCUACCACAACAAUUUCUUCUGCCACAGAGACAUCAACCGAGACCUCCACGCUUUCAACUCUGUUGACACCCACCACGAGAGAGACUAUCACCCCAUCAAUCGAACCGACAACAGCUGCUUCCACUCGGACAACAGAGCUCUCCACUGAUACAACAAUGGGAGAAGCGUCCACGGUAUCAGAAGCUAGCACUGACUCUACCCCCUCGGAAACAACCUUCCAAGUCACAAACACAGGAUCUACUCUUUCUCAGCAAUCCACCACCUCAACAUCAGCUUCAGAGAGUACUACUGAAGCAAUGACCUCUUCAGUGUUUAGCUCGAUCAAUGAAGCAAGCACCUCCGAGUCCACGUUCAGCAGCCAAGCCCAAUAUACCACUCAAGGCUCAACAGAGGAAUCUUCAACACAGACAGUUGCACCCCCUGCAGUGGCCACUGCUACAGCCACAGAGGAAACGUCAAGUACAAUAACUCCUGGCCCUUAUCAAGCAUCAAUUUCAACAGAAAGGCAUCUGACUGACGUUUCCGCCACCACAUCCACUACGAUGGAAGCCACCUCAACAAUGUCCACUCUGGAAUCUACAGAAGCAACGUCGACCACACAAACAAGUGAACCGUUGACUGUUUCCACUGAAUCGGCCUCCACAGACACUGCCUCUCUUGCCACUGCAUCUUCAUCUUCCUCAGUGGAGCCAACGACGCAAGAAACCACAGCGACUGGGGCGUCUUCAACCUCUACUGCUUCAACAACAGAGGAAAGCUCGACGUCAGAAAUGGUGACUGACGCAUCCUCAGCUGUAACAGAAACUACAUCUACCACAACAAUUUCUUCUGCCACAGAGACAUCAACCGAGACCUCCACGCUUUCAACUCUGUUGACACCCACCACGAGAGAGACUAUCACCCCAUCAAUCGAACCGACAACAGCUGCUUCCACUCGGACAACAGAGCUCUCCACUGAUACAACAAUGGGAGAAGCGUCCACGGUAUCAGAAGCUAGCACUGACUCUACCCCCUCGGAAACAACCUUCCAAGUCACAAACACAGGAUCUACUCUUUCUCAGCAAUCCACCACCUCAACAUCAGCUUCAGAGAGUACUACUGAAGCAAUGACCUCUUCAGUGUUUAGCUCGAUCAAUGAAGCAAGCACCUCCGAGUCCACGUUCAGCAGCCAAGCCCAAUAUACCACUCAAGGCUCAACAGAGGAAUCUUCAACACAGACAGUUGCACCCCCUGCAGUGGCCACUGCUACAGCCACAGAGGAAACGUCAAGUACAAUAACUCCUGGCCCUUAUCAAGCAUCAAUUUCAACAGAAAGGCAUCUGACUGACGUUUCCGCCACCACGUCCACUACGAUGGAAGCCACCUCAACAAUGUCCACUCUGGAAUCUACAGAAGCAACGUCGACCACACAAACAAGUGAACCGUUGACUGUUUCCACUGAAUCGGCCUCCACAGACACUGCCUCUCUUGCUUCUGCAUCUUCAUCUUCCUCAGUGGAGCCAACGACGCAAGAAACCACAGCGACUGGGGCGUCUUCAACCUCUACUGCUUCAACAACAGAGGAAAGCUCGACGUCAGAAAUGGUGACUGACGCAUCCACAGCUGUAACAGAAACUACAUCUACCACAACCAUUUCUUCUGCCACAGAGACAUCAAGCGAGACCUCCACGCUUUCAACUCUGUUGACACCCACCACGAGAGAGACUAUCACACCAUCAAUCGAACCGACAACAGCUGCUUCCACUCGGACAACAGAGCUCUCCACUGAUACAACAAUGGGAGAAGCGUCCACGGUAUCAGAAGCUAGCACUGACUCUACCCCCUCGGAAACAACCUUCCAAGUCACAAACACGGGAUCUACUCUUUCUCAGCAAUCCACCACCUCAACAUCAGCUUCACAGAGUACUACUGAAGCAAUGACCUCUUCAGUGUUUAGCUCGAUCAGUGAAGCAAGCACCUCCGAGUCCACGUUCAGCAGCCAAGCCCAAUAUACCACUCAAGGCUCAACAGAGGAAUCUUCAACACAGACGGUUUCACCCCCUGCAGUGGCCACUGCUACAGCAACAGAGGAAACGUCAAGUACAAUAACUCCUGGUCCUUAUCAAGCAUCAAUUUCAACAGAAAGGCAUCUGACUGACGUUUCCGCCACCACAUCCACUACGAUGGAAGCCACCUCAACAAUGUCCACUCUGGAAUCUACAGAAGCAACGUCGACCACACAAACAAGUGAACCGUUGACUGUUUCCACUGAAUCGGCCUCCACAGACACUGCCUCUCUUGCUACUGCAUCUUCAUCUUCCUCAGUGGAGCCAACGACGCAAGAAACCACAGCGACUGGGGCGUCUUCAACCUCUACUGCUUCAACAACAGAGGAAAGCUCGAAGUCAGAAAUGGUGACUGACGCAUCCACAGCUGUAACAGAAACUACAUCUACCACAACAAUUUCUUCUGCCACAGAGACAUCAACCGAGACCUCCACGCUUUCAACUCUGUUGACACCAACCACGAAAAAGACUAUCACACCAUCAAUCGAACCGACAACAGCUGCUUCCACUCGGACAACAGAGCUCUCCACUGAUACAACAAUGGGAGAAGCGUCCACGGUAUCAGAAGCUAGCACUGACUCUACCCCCUCGGAAACAACCUUCCAAGUCACAAACACGGGAUCUACUCUUUCUCAGCAAUCCACCACCUCAACAUCAGCUUCAGAGAGUACUACUGAAGCAAUGACCUCUUCAGUGUUUAGCUCGAUCAGUGAAGCAAGCACCUCCGAGUCCACGUUCAGCAGCCAAGCCCAAUAUACCACUCAAGGCUCAACAGAGGAAUCUUCAACACAGACAGUUGCACCCCCUGCAGUGGCCACUGCUACAGCAACAGAGGAAACGUCAAGUACAAUAACUCCUGGCCCUUAUCAAGCAUCAACUUCAACAGAAAGGCAUCUGACUGACGUUUCCGCCACCACGUCCACUACGAUGGAAGCCACCUCAACAAUGUCCACUCUGGAAUCUACAGAAGCAACGUCGACCACACAAACAAGUGAACCGUUGACUGUUUCCACUGAAUCGGCCUCCACAGACACUGCCUCUCUUGCCACUGCAUCUUCAUCUUCCUCAGUGGAGCCAACGACGCAAGAAACCACAGCGACUGGGGCGUCUUCAACCUCUACUGCUUCAACAACAGAGGAAAGCUCGACGUCAGAAAUGGUGACUGACGCAUCCACAGCUGUAACAGAAACUACAUCUACCACAACCAUUUUUUCUGCCCCAGAGACAUCAAGCGAGACCUCCACGCUUUCAACUCUGUUGACACCCACCACGAGAGAGACUAUCACCCCAUCAAUCGAACCGACAACAGCUGCUUCCACUCGGACAACAGAGCUCUCCACUGAUACAACAAUGGGAGAAGCGUCCACGGUAUCAGAAGCUAGCACUGACUCUACCCCCUCGGAAACAACCUUCCAAGUCACAAACACAGGAUCUACUCUUUCUCAGCAAUCCACCACCUCAACAUCAGCUUCAGAGAGUACUACUGAAGCAAUGACCUCUUCAGUGUUUAGCUCGAUCAGUGAAGCAAGCACCUCCGAGUUCACGUUCAGCAGCCAAGCCCAAUAUACCAAUCAAGGUUCAACAGAGGAAUCUUCAACACAGACGGUUUCACCCCCUGCAGUGGCCACUGCUACAGCCACAGAGGAAACGUCAAGUACAAUAACUCCUGGCCCUUAUCAAGCAUCAACAGAGGAAUCUUCAACACAGACAGUUGCACCCCCUGCAGUGGCCACUGCUACAGCAACAGAGGAAACGUCAAGUACAAUAACUCCUGGCCCUUAUCAAGCAUCAAUUUCAACAGAAAGGCAUCUGACUGACGUUUCCGCCACCACGUCCACUACGAUGGAAGCCACCUCAACAAUGUCCACUCUGGAAUCUACAGAAGCAACGUCGACCACACAAACAAGUGAACCGUUGACUGUGUCCACUGAAUCGGCCUCCACAGACACUGCCUCUCUUGCUACUGCAUCUUCAUCUUCCUCAGUGGAGCCAACGACGCAAGAAACCACAGCGACUGGGGCGUCUUCAACCUCUACUGCUUCAACAACAGAGGAAAGCUCGACGUCAGAAAUGGUGACUGACGCAUCCUCAGCUGUAACAGAAACUACAUCUACCACAACCAUUUCUUCUGCCACAGAGACAUCAACCGAGACCUCCACGCUUUCAACUCUGUUGACACCAACCACGAAAAAGACUAUCACCCCGUCAAUCGAACCGAAAACAGCUGCUUCCACUCGGACAACAGAGCUCUCCACUAAUACAGCAAUGGGAGAAUCGUCCACGGUAUCAGAAGCUAGCACUGAGUCUACCCCCUCGGAAACAACCUUCCAAGUCAAAAACACAGGAUCUACUCUUUCUCAGCAAUCCACCACCUCAACAUCAGCUUCACAGAGUACUACUGAAGCAAUGACCUCUUCAGUGUUUAGCUCGAUCAGUGAAGCAAGCACCUCCGAGUCCACGUUCAGCAGCCAAGCCCAAUAUACCACUCAAGGCUCAACAGAGGAAUCUUCAACACAGACGGUUUCACCCCCUGCAGUGGCCACUGCUACAGCCACAGAGGAAACGUCAAGUACAAUAACUCCUGGCCCUUAUCAAGCAUCAAUUUCAACAGAAAGGCAUCUGACUGACGUUUCCGCCACCACGUCCACUACGAUGGAAGCCACCUCAACAAUGUCCACUCUGGAAUCUACAGAAGCAACGUCGACCACACAAACAAGUGAACCGUUGACUGUUUCCACUGAAUCGGCCUCCACAGACACUGCCUCUCUUGCCACUGCAUCUUCAUCUUCCUCAGUGGAGCCAACGACGCAAGAAACCACAGCGACUGGGGCGUCUUCAACCUCUACUGCUUCAACAACAGAGGAAAGCUCGACGUCAGAAAUGGUGACUGACGCAUCCACAGCUGUAACAGAAACUACAUCUACCACAACCAUUUUUUCUGCCCCAGAGACAUCAAGCGAGACCUCCACGCUUUCAACUCUGUUGACACCCACCACGAGAGAGACUAUCACCCCAUCAAUCGAACCGACAACAGCUGCUUCCACUCGGACAACAGAGCUCUCCACUGAUACAACAAUGGGAGAAGCGUCCACGGUAUCAGAAGCUAGCACUGACUCUACCCCCUCGGAAACAACCUUCCAAGUCACAAACACAGGAUCUACUCUUUCUCAGCAAUCCACCACCUCAACAUCAGCUUCAGAGAGUACUACUGAAGCAAUGACCUCUUCAGUGUUUAGCUCGAUCAGUGAAGCAAGCACCUCCGAGUUCACGUUCAGCAGCCAAGCCCAAUAUACCAAUCAAGGUUCAACAGAGGAAUCUUCAACACAGACGGUUUCACCCCCUGCAGUGGCCACUGCUACAGCCACAGAGGAAACGUCAAGUACAAUAACUCCUGGCCCUUAUCAAGCAUCAACAGAGGAAUCUUCAACACAGACAGUUGCACCCCCUGCAGUGGCCACUGCUACAGCAACAGAGGAAACGUCAAGUACCAUAACUCCUGGCCCUUAUCAAGCAUCAAUUUCAACAGAAAGGCAUCUGACUGACGUUUCCGCCACCACGUCCACUACGAUGGAAGCCACCUCAACAAUGUCCACUCUGGAAUCUACAGAAGCAACGUCGACCACACAAACAAGUGAACCGUUGACUGUGUCCACUGAAUCGGCCUCCACAGACACUGCCUCUCUUGCUACUGCAUCUUCAUCUUCCUCAGUGGAGCCAACGACGCAAGAAACCACAGCGACUGGGGCGUCUUCAACCUCUACUGCUUCAACAACAGAGGAAAGCUCGACGUCAGAAAUGGUGACUGACGCAUCCUCAGCUGUAACAGAAACUACAUCUACCACAACCAUUUCUUCUGCCACAGAGACAUCAACCGAGACCUCCACGCUUUCAACUCUGUUGACACCAACCACGAAAAAGACUAUCACCCCGUCAAUCGAACCGAAAACAGCUGCUUCCACUCGGACAACAGAGCUCUCCACUAAUACAGCAAUGGGAGAAUCGUCCACGGUAUCAGAAGCUAGCACUGAGUCUACCCCCUCGGAAACAACCUUCCAAGUCAAAAACACAGGAUCUACUCUUUCUCAGCAAUCCACCACCUCAACAUCAGCUUCACAGAGUACUACUGAAGCAAUGACCUCUUCAGUGUUUAGCUCGAUCAGUGAAGCAAGCACCUCCGAGUCCACGUUCAGCAGCCAAGCCCAAUAUACCACUCAAGGCUCAACAGAGGAAUCUUCAACACAGACGGUUUCACCCCCUGCAGUGGCCACUGCUACAGCCACAGAGGAAACGUCAAGUACAAUAACUCCUGGCCCUUAUCAAGCAUCAAUUUCAACAGAAAGGCAUAUGACUGACGUUUCCGCCACCAAGUCCACUACGAUGGAAGCCACCUCAACAAUGUCCACUCUGGAAUCUACAGAAGCAACGUCGACCACACAAACAAGUGAACCGUUGACUGUUUCCACUGAAUCGGCCUCCACAGACACUGCCUCUCUUGCUACUGCAUCUUCAUCUUCCUCAGUGGAGCCAACGACGCAAGAAACCACAGCGACUGGGGCGUCUUCAACCUCUACUGCUUCAACAACAGAGGAAAGCUCGACGUCAGAAAUGGUGACUGACGCAUCCUCAAUCGUAACAGAAACUACAUCUACCACAACAAUUUCUUCUGCCCCAGAGACAUCAACCGAGACCUCCACGCUUUCAACUCUGUUGACACCCACCACGAGAGAGACUAUCACCCCAUCAAUCGAACCGACAACAGCUGCUUCCACUCGGACAACAGAGCUCUCCACUGAUACAACAAUGGGAGAAGCGUCCACGGUAUCAGAAGCUAGCACUGAGUCUACCCCCUCGGAAACAACCUUCCAAGUCACAAACACAGGAUCUACUCUUUCUCAGCAAUCCACCACCUCAACAUCAGCUUCAGAGAGUACUACUGAAGCAAUGACCUCUUCAGUGUUUAGCUCGAUCAGUGAAGCAAGCACCUCCGAGUUCACGUUCAGCAGCCAAGCCCAAUAUACCAAUCAAGGUUCAACAGAGGAAUCUUCAACACAGACGGUUUCACCCCCUGCAGUGGCCACUGCUACAGCCACAGAGGAAACGUCAAGUACAAUAACUCCUGGCCCUUAUCAAGCAUCAAUUUCAACAGAAAGGCAUCUGACUGACGUUUCCGCCACCAAGUCCACUACGAUGGAAGCCACCUCAACAAUGUCCACUCUGGAAUCUACAGAAGCAACGUCGACCACACAAACAAGUGAACCGUUGACUGUUUCCACUGAAUCGGCCUCCACAGACACUGCCUCUCUUGCUACUGCAUCUUCAUCUUACUCAGUGGAGCCAACGACGCAAGAAACCACAGCGACUUGGGCGUCUUCAACCUCUACUGCUUCAACAACAGAGGAAAGCUCGACGUCAGAAAUGGUGACUGACGCAUCCUCAAUCGUAACAGAAACUACAUCUACCACAACAAUUUCUUCUGCCACAGAGACAUCAACCGAGACCUCCACGCUUUCAACUCUGUUGACACCCACCACGAAAGAGACUAUCACCCCAUCAAUCGAACCGACAACAGCUGCUUCCACUCGGACAACAGAGCUCUCCACUGAUACAACAAUGGGAGAAGCGUCCACGGUAUCAGAAGCUAGCACUGAGUCUACCCCCUCGGAAACAACCUUCCAAGUCACAAACACAGGAUCUACUCUUUCUCAGCAAUCCACCACCUCAACAUCAGCUUCAGAGAGUACUACUGAAGCAAUGACCUCUUCAGUGUUUAGCUCGAUCAGUGAAGCAAGCACCUCCGAGUUCACGUUCAGCAGCCAAGCCCAAUAUACCAAUCAAGGUUCAACAGAGGAAUCUUCAACACAGACGGUUUCACCCCCUGCAGUGGCCACUGCUACAGCCACAGAGGAAACGUCAAGUACAAUAACUCCUGGCCCUUAUCAAGCAUCAACAGAGGAAUCUUCAACACAGACAGUUGCACCCCCUGCAGUGGCCACUGCUACAGCAACAGAGGAAACGUCAAGUACCAUAACUCCUGGCCCUUAUCAAGCAUCAAUUUCAACAGAAAGGCAUCUGACUGACGUUUCCGCCACCACGUCCACUACGAUGGAAGCCACCUCAACAAUGUCCACUCUGGAAUCUACAGAAGCAACGUCGACCACACAAACAAGUGAACCGUUGACUGUGUCCACUGAAUCGGCCUCCACAGACACUGCCUCUCUUGCUACUGCAUCUUCAUCUUCCUCAGUGGAGCCAACGACGCAAGAAACCACAGCGACUGGGGCGUCUUCAACCUCUACUGCUUCAACAACAGAGGAAAGCUCGACGUCAGAAAUGGUGACUGACGCAUCCUCAGCUGUAACAGAAACUACAUCUACCACAACCAUUUCUUCUGCCACAGAGACAUCAACCGAGACCUCCACGCUUUCAACUCUGUUGACACCAACCACGAAAAAGACUAUCACCCCGUCAAUCGAACCGAAAACAGCUGCUUCCACUCGGACAACAGAGCUCCCCACUAAUACAGCAAUGGGAGAAGCGUCCACGGUAUCAGAAGCUAGCACUGACUCUACCCCCUCGGAAACAACCUUCCAAGUCACAAACACAGGAUCUACUCUUUCGCAGCAAUCCACCACCUUAUCAGCUUCAGAGAGUACCACUGAAGCAAUGACCUCUUCAGUGUUUAUGUCGACCAGUGAAGCAAGCACCUCCGAGUCCACGUUCAGCAGCCAAGCCCAAUAUACCACUCAAGGCUCAACAGAGGAAUCUUCAACACAGACAGUUUCACCCCCUGCAGUGGCCACUGCUACAGCCACAGAGGAAACGUCAAGUACGAUAACUCCUGGCCCUUAUCAAGCAUCAAUUUCAACAGAAAGGCAUCUGACUGACGUUUCCGCCACCACGUCCAAUACGAUGGAAGCCACCUCAACAAUGUCCACUCUGGAAUCUACAGAAGCAACGUCGACCACACAAACAAGUGAAACGUUGACUGUUUCCACUGAAUCGGCCUCCACAGACACUGCCUCUCUUGCUACUGCAUCUUCAUCUUCCUCAGUGGAGCCAACGACACAAGAAACCACAGCGGCUGGGGCGUCUUCAGCCUCUACUGCUUCAACAACAGAGGAAAGCUCGACGUCAGAAAUGGUGACUGACGCAUCCUCAACAGAAACUACAUCUACCACAACCAUUUCUUCUGCCACAGAGACAUCAACCGAGACCUCCACGCUUUCAACUCUGUUGACACCAACCACGAAAGAGAUUUUCACACCAUCAAUCGAACCGACAACAGCUGCUUCCACUCGGACAACAGAGCUCUCCACUGAUACAACAAUGGGAGGAGCGUCCACGGUAUCAGAAGCUAGCACUGACUCUACCCCCUCGGAAACAACGUUCCAAGUCACAAACACAGGAUCUACUCUUUCUCAGCAAUCCACCACCUCAACAUCAGCUUCACAGAGUACCACUGAAGCAAUGACCUCUUCAGUGUUAAGCUCGGCCAGUGCAGCAAGCACCUCCGAGUCAACGUUCAGCAGCCAAGCCCAAUAUACCACUCAAGGCUCAACAGAGGAAUCUUCAACACAGACGGUUUCACCCCCGGCAGUGGCCACUGCUACAGCCACAGAGGAAACGUCUAGUACCAUAACUCCUGGCCCUUAUCAAGCAUCAAUUUCAACAGAUAGGCAGCUGACUGACGUUUCCGCCACCAAGUCCACUACGAUGAAAGCCACCUCAACAAUGUCCACUCUGGAAUCUACAGAAACAACGUCGACCACACAAACAAGUGAAACGUUGACUGUUUCCACUGAAUCGGCCUCCAUAGACACUGCCUCUCUUGCCACUGCAUAUUCAUCUUCCUCAGUGGAGCCAACGACGCAAGAAACCACAGCGACUUGGGCGUCUUCAACCUCUACUGCUUCAACAACAGAGGAAAGCUCGACGUCAGAAAUGGUGACUGACGCAUCCUCAGCUGUAACAGAAACUACAUCUACCACAACCAUUUCUUCUGCCACAGAGACAUCAAGCGAGACCUCCACGCUUUCAACUCUGUUGACACCCACCACGAAAGAGAUUUUCACACCAUCAAUCGAGACCUCCACGCUUAUAUCAUCUACAGAACAAUGUAGCGCAAAAUCAACAAAGGCAAUGUUUUCAUUAGAUAUACAGUGCAACAGUUCUUUGAAGAGUGAAAAUGUCCAACAACUGGGGAUGAUGUUUCAGAAUGAAGUGUUUGCAGAUCUUCCUAACGUCACUGCAGUUGAAGUCUCGGUUGUUGACAACGGUACCCUGCUCAAAGUACACCUGAUAUAUGUGCCUGGACAUAGACAAGACCCCCGCGACAAGCUCAGGUCAACCAACAGUUUAAGAAACUUUCUGGAAUCCAAGGCACCCACGUUUCUUAUUCCCAAUACUUCCUGUGAAGUGAAUGUCUUAACACCUCGUGUCUGUGACAUCGACAAACAGACUUGUCAAGAAAAAUGUGUGGACAUCGGGGUGAACGUCACCUACAACCCAUGUUCCCUAUACAACGCCACGGGGGACUGUAACGACGGGUACUGCAUGGCUAACAACACUGACGCAAUGUGCAGAUGCCCAUCUACUCGCAAUGGUGAGUUUUGUCAGUUCCUAGCAGUCCACGCCCCGAGACCCACCGUCCCUCCAAACGAUGACUACCUUGUCUCCAUCUUUGUUCCUGUCGCCAUCAUGGCCGUGGUCGCCCUUCUAGCAUCGUGCUGUGGACUAGCAAUGUACCGGAGACGUCGACGAAGACGCCGUCCUCCGCUUGAUGACAGCGCCUCGUUCACCAUGCCCACAAGUACCUUCCAACCUCGUUAUACCCGCAACUGGCGCCAGUUCUCUAACUUCGGCAGCAUGUCCAGCAUGGGAGACGCCGACAUCGAGGCACCUUCGUUCCGCGGCUUCGACUACCCCAUCAUCUACCCCCACGACGCCGACGAUGACGACGUCACUGACGUGUUUUCCAGGCAUAGCUCAGACGCCUCCGCCAUUAACCCGGUGUGGUACUUUGAUGCUCUGGACCCGAAUAUUGAUUUUCGAAUCGAUAGGCCUGUAGUGCAGCCAACGCCCCUAAUACCGUACCGUUAAUGUGUCUGACGUUAUGACUGGUUGAAUUCAAGAGAUUUGUGCCAAGUAUUUCGGUUUUCGUCAGGAAGGCUUAGAGACGGGUGUAGGUGAAGAAACGAGGUUUCAUCUCCCGGAAUUGUUUCAAGGUGAACUGACGCCCCCUACCGACGUGGUUCCCAGUCGAUACAGGCUGAAUAUACACAUUUCGCAUGAUCAGCCGGAGGAACGCAAUAAAACAUUGUCAGGACAGAAACAGUUCAUAUUCAUCAUUCAGAGUCUCAUCACAAGUAGAAGAUUCCGGUGACAAGGCAGACGUGGUACCAAUUAUAUGUGGCUCAAGUCACAUUGUGCGCCAUGCUGUCCAUUGAGUGUAAUAGUAAAUAGGUGUCUCCAAGCGCCAAAGGCAAAAUAGUGGUGACGGUCAUAUGAAUGAAUCACUGAAAAUCAGUGAUGACACCAGGUGUUUGCGAAAGAGAAAGUAUAUCCGGUAAUUAAGGAAUAUCAUGAUGUUUAUUUUUAUUUGUUGGGAGAUCUGAAGGACUGUUAAUCCAUGCACACAUCGGAUGUUAACAUCAA